CAUUCCUCCCCGUGUCCUUGCAUCCGCAUCCCCAAAAUACAGUCAUUUCUGCUUGUGCCUUUGUUUUUCUUUCUUCCCUUCUAUUUCAUCUCUUCUUUCUAUUCCAGCAGCAGCCUAAGUCUAGCAGUUACAAUCGCUUUUUUUUUCCUUCACUCUUCCACGUGCCUAUUUUCUUGCUGCAGCACACAACUCGCCCUCUGCGCCACCACACACCACAAGCUUUCGUCGUCAUCGCGUACCCACUAGCGGAGCCCCUCGACCCGACUGGAUAAAACACUAGAUACUGCACUCUGGUUUGCUUCGCACAAGCACCAAAGCGCAGCGGCAGUAGCAACACACGGGUACGGCUAAUUCAGGUCGAACCGGUUGCUACUACGUCAAAUAUCCUGGCAUCUCGCCUCCUUGCUGUCUGAUACACCCAGCAGCGCAGACGACUCGAUCCUACAUAUCGCAUUUAUUCUCCCCCCUUUCGCCCACCAUGCUCAACAUUCGACGCUCCGUCGUUGCCGCCGCCUGCCUCCUCACCCUAUUUUUCCUCGUCUUCCGCUCUCACUCCGACCAACCUACGGAACUUGUCACAGACCCGUCACAACUCGAUUCGAAAUACGAUGGUGCAGCUCUCAAUGCCGUCGGCCACAGCUUGCGAGCUGUAGCCCAGAAGCCUUUGGUCGACAUGUCCCAAAUGUCUACGUCCGAUAAACUGAGCUACACAUAUCCGUACGAUAUCGAAAGCAAGUUUCCUGCUUACAUCUGGCAAACUUGGAAAUACACACCGGCCGAUAGCAGAUUUAUGUUUCGCGAACAGGAGGCGUCUUGGACGGAGCAACAUCCCGGCUUUGUUCAUGAAGUGGUGACAGACAGCGUCGCUCUUAGUCUUUUGAAACUCUUUUACGCUGGCGUGCCUGAGAUUCUAGAAGUCUAUGAAGCGCUGCCCCUACCCGUGCUCAAGGCAGAUUUCUUCCGAUAUCUGAUCCUCUUUGCCCGCGGUGGCAUCUAUUCCGAUAUCGAUACCUAUGCAAUCCAAAGCGCCGACCACUGGAUCCCAUCUAAUGUGCCCGCCGAGUCCAUCGGUCUGGUGAUUGGAAUCGAGGCUGAUCCUGAUCGUCCCGACUGGGCCGAUUGGUACAGCAGGCGCAUCCAGUUUUGCCAGUGGACUAUCCAAGCAAAGCCAGGCCACCCUGUCCUCCGCGAUAUUAUUACAAGAAUUACAAAUGAGACUCUCACGCUUAAGCAGAGCGGAAAGCUCAGCCACAUCGACAAUCACGAAGUUGUUGGCCUAACUGGGCCAGCCCCGUGGACUGAUACCAUUAUGGAUUACUUCAACGACGAACGAUACUUCAACAAGGACGAGAGCAGAGGCAAGAUUGACUUCCACAACUUUACCGGCAUGACAAAUCGCAGACGUGUCGGCGAUGUUAUUGUUCUUCCGAUUACCAGCUUCUCUCCAGGAGUUGGCCAAAUGGGAGCACAAGAAGCCGAUGAUCCUAUGGCCUUUGUACAACACGAUUUCGAAGGCACUUGGAAACCCGAAAGCGAGAGGCAUAUUGGUGAGCAGCAAGGCUAGAAGAAAGCUGCCACAGCUCUUGUUUCACAGACAUCUUCAAUCCCUGGCAACAGUGGUUAAGAUGUGAUCCCAGCACUGGUGCUUGGGGGAUCCUAUUAUUUUCCGUGGCAUACUUUGGCCAUUUCGUUUUUUGUUCCAUUCACCAACAACGCCAUAUUUUAUAUCUGUUUUAUUACACUUCCUGGACCGGGAAAGAUGUGCGGAUCGAGGUUAAAAUUAUGCUCGAGGCCAAGAGCAUCUUGGAGCAUAGAUUGACGGGUGUUAUUUUUUUGUUAUUUUCUAUGCGUUUCAUUGCUCGUUUAGGGAUAGAAUUUGGAGCAUGGCUUUUAGACUACGUCUUUAGUGAGGAGAGAAAGACGGCCCUGUAUGUACAAGUAGCGACUGAAAUGCAAUUCAUCAGUCAAAGG